CAUGUAUGCUGAAAAAUGGCGAAUUCUCAUCUUGAAGUUGGGGAGCCACUAUUCUUGGCCCCGUUUUUGUCUCGCCGGAAGCGAAGAGUGAAGACGACGAGCGUUUAUUGACUUAUUUGACUCCGAUUGUGGUAUUUUUGAUGAUUUUGGCGUGUUAUUGUGAUCGAAGUGCUCACCAGGAUUGAAAAUCCAUCGACCAGACCACCACAAGUGCGUCGUCCUGCGUGGAUUUGCGGCGGAUCGCGACGUGUUGCUGACUGACGAUCUCGUCCAGAAAGCUGCUGGACCCGAGUACUGGUACGCCGAAGCUCGGACGCAACUGCACCGCGCCCUUCACAGUCCUCCUCAGGGCGGUGUGGCGAAGAACGUGGUGCUCGUGGUGGGCGACGGCAUGUCGUUGGCAACUGUGACGGCGGCCAGGAUUCUUCGCGGCCAACAACUCGGCAUGUCAGGCGAGGAGCAUCAACUGGCCUUUGAGAAGUUCCCGCACCUCGCCCUUGCAAAGACGUACAACAACGACGCGCAGAUCGGCGACUCAUCAGCUUGCGCCACCGCCCUCCUGUGCGGGGUCAAGGCCAACACAGAGACCCUCGGCUUGGACGCCGGGGCGCGAUUUGAAGACUGCAGGUCCAGUCACACUCACCGCGUCUCCUCCAUCUUCGACUGGGCGCAAAAAGAGGGCAAAUCCACGGGGAUCGUGACGAACACUCGCAUCACCCACGGCACCCCUGCGGCCCUGUACGCGCACUCGGCCAGCAGGUACUGGGAGGAUGACUCGAAAAUUCCCCCCGGCGCCCGGAAAACGUGCAAGGACAUCGUGAGGCAGCUGGUGGAAGACGAGCCGGGCAGAAACAUCAAUGUGAUUUUGGGUGGCGGAAGGCGUCACUUCAUGCCCAAAGUGGCGCGCGACCCCGAGGUUGACACGGAGGAGGGCCGUCGGCUGGACGGUCGCAACUUGAUCGACGAUUGGUCUCGCGAUAAAAAGAAACGCAAUAUCCGCGCCCAGUACGUGUGGAACAAGGGCCAGUUCGACAACGUGGACCCUGCUAACGUGGACCAUCUCCUAGGUCUAUUUUCCUACUCCCAUCUGGAUUUCGAAGUGGAUCGUGAUAAUUCUGCAAAUGGCGAUCCUUCCCUGGCCAACAUGACGCGCAAAGCCAUUGAGGUCCUCCAGAAGAAUCCGCACGGCUUCUUCCUUUUUAUUGAAGGCGGCCGGAUCGACCACGCCCAUCACUACAACAACGCCCGCCGCGCGCUCGAGGAGACCCUGGCCAUGGAGACGGCACUGCAGGCAGCAAUGACCAUGCUCGACCCCAGCAACACCUUGUUCGUCGUCACCUCGGACCACUCGCACGUGAUGACCCUCGGCGGCUUCGGGACCAAGAGGGGGAAUCCAAUUUUGGGCACCGACAUCAAGCCGUCGGACGUGGACCAGAUGCCGUACACAACCCUUUUGUACGGCAACGGCCCCGGCUUCGGUCGGCACCCAGUGAGCGGCAAACGCGACAACAUGACCGGUUCGGACCCGUUGGACAAGAACUACGUGCAGCAGGCGGCCGUGCCACGACAAUGGGCAACACACGGCGGCGAGGACGUGCCCGUGUACGCACAGGGCCCAAUGGCGCACGCCUUCCGCGGGGUCAUCGACCAGACGUUCAUCCCGCACGCGAUCGCCUACGCGGCGUGCGUCGGUUCGCAGAAGGACCGGUGCAGUGAGCCGCAGAAGGACGCGGCGUGUCCGACCGACCCGGCGGCCGCGGCCUCCUCGUCCGCCGCCGACCGCAAGGAAAACGUGUCGACGCCGCACGCCCAGCGUCCGGCCCUUACCGUGGAGGCGGCGGCUGCCGCCUCUGCCGCCCCCGCGGCCUCUAUAGCGAUGGCCCUCGUCCUGCUGGCUGCGACCCUGGCCGCCUGCACUAGUUGAAUGGGACUUUGAAGAGCGGCCGAGUUAAAGAAUCGCCGCGCCGAAUCGGAAUAAUAUCAUUUUAUUCACGGACAGAGAUCAAUGAUAUUUUAGCAAGAAGGGUAUUUUUUAUAAUAGGACUUACUCUCUAAUGUGGUGAUGUUCUCGAUUGCGAUUUUAAAAGUGCUGGUCUCACAGAUUAAAAUAGUUCAACAGAGGAUGGAAUUGAAGUCAUGCAAUUUGUAUAGGCUUACAAAAUUUAUCCCAUCCCUUUUGGUCAUAUUUUUAUUUUGAACAAUGUUAAUUUGUAAAGGCUCAAUCAUUUUUCAUUAUAUCUUUUACAUUGAAUUACAAUGAGUAUUUUUGAAGCUAAAAAAAGUAAAAAAUAAUUUUUUCUCCCAUUUGGAAAUUAAAAAUUGCACAUUAAGCUGUCAUUAAUUUUUGCUGUUCACAAAUCUCCAGAUUCACUUGCUUACUAAAUUCUCUGAAAUAAUUUAUAGUUGCAAAUUGUGUUUAUUGAUCUAUCACAAAGGCAAUUGCACGGGACACAUCAUUUAUGCAUUCAAAAAUUAUACAAAUUUAAAAUUUAAUUCAAAAUGAUUUUCGAAACUAGGUCUGGGAAGCUAUUACAAUACAUUUAAUAAUUCAGUUAAUAUAAAAAGAUUCCCAAUAUUAUGAACAAACAAAUUAUCAAGAUUAUUCAAACGCCACGUUUAUAUAUUUUAGUCUUGUUUGAAGUAAAUUCCCAGACUUUGUUAUUUUCAGGCUAGGUUUCUGGGUGAAAUUUUUGCUUUUUAUUGGUCAUUGGUUAGUUUGCAAUCUUUUGCCUUGAACUGUAGAGAAACUCAACCAACUUUUAAUGGAGGAGACAAAGUAAUACUACUAAAAGCACCAAUUUAAAUUUAUAAAGAAAAUAAUUAUACUAAUAAUUAUACAGGGUGGCCCAUAAGUAAUCCGUGGUUUUUAAACGCUCGCCACGAACGAACGGCUGGACGAAAUUUCAUUUUCUUGGCAGAUUCUGAAAGCCCAACUUCACAAGUUUUUGGCUGGCACAAUGAGAAAUUUCGCAAAUUUGAAAAUCCAAUAGAUUUUACAGGAAAACUAAAAAGUGCCAAGUUGCCUUAUGGGAGCGCCCAUGUAGCGGAAAAUGAGUGUUCGAGGGUAGAAGUGUGAAACAUGUUUUUAGGGGUAAACGACCUCCCUGAACACCGUGACGUGGCCAGAUUCUCGAAAUUUUGCUUCCUUCUAAUUUUUUUCUUGACCAAUUUAUUAUUUGCAAAAAGUGAUCAAAAAAAAUGAACGCUUGAAGAUAAAAAUCUGCAAAUUGCUGGAGGUGUGGAUCUUGAACAUAAAAACAACGUAAUUUUCCAAACUUGUUAUUUUCUGGAAAAUUGCCCAUUUUCACAAGGGGUCCACGUUUUGGUCCAUUUCUCAACUUCUAUGGGAGCUAGAAACAAAACUUGAGGUGAUUCUGAAAGCUGAUUAAAUUUCCAAUUUUUUUUUUUGUAAACAGCAACUUUCCAACGACGGCUGAUUUUCCGGAAAAGUAAAGUAAAAAACUAACUUAUUUUUCACAGGGAGUAUGCAACCCGCAACCAAAAGUCUAAAUAGCCAAAAUGUAGCUUGGUUCUUUGGCAAAACACCCCUAAAAUUUCAAAACUUUUCCUUCAGCCGUUUUUCCGCAAUCGCCGAUUUUCCCGACCCCUUUUGAGGAGAACAAAACUUUUCCGGAAAGGCGUUUGUGAUACAUCAUUCGAUUAGGCACAUCAAGGA